GCCUACGACGGCGGAGCCCAGGAUCGUGAGAAUCACGGGUAUCCGAAUCGCCCAGACGCGUGGAGGGAAAAGGUCAUGAAGAGGAUGGCCAGGGUCGACAAAAGGCUAGUAAGCGUCAAUAAAUCUCCUAGGUUCAAUGGCAUGGGCGGUGUUGUCUCUGCGUACCAUCAACAGCGUCCAUGCUGUGUAGUAAAGGAAGAUCGCAGUUGCGACCAAAAGCAUGACGGACCCAACAAGUGGACCGAGCUGUCGAGGAAUCCCCGGUCAGCUUUCUCGACGUGA